AUGGAGAUCUUUCUUUUCCUCAUCUCCUUAGGAGGAACAGCUGCUCUGAAAACUAAUGACAAAAUAGUUGGAGGGUACGAGUGCCCAAAAAACUCUGUGCCCUACCAGGUGUCGCUCUUCACGGGGUACAACUACUGCGGAGGAACCCUGCUGUCGGACGAGUGGGUGCUCUCCGCUGCACACUGCAAACCACAGUCGGAUGUCGAAGUUCGGCUGGGGGAGCACGACAUCUGGGAGCCAGAGAACACCGAGCAGCACAUCAUGUCUGCCAAGUACAUUCGCCACCCUGACUACGACCCCCGUACGAUGGACGGCGACAUCAUGCUGAUCAAACUGAGUCGACCCGCCGCUCUGAACACCUACGUGCGUCCUGCUGCGCUCCCAUCAGCGUGUGCCAGCACUGGGACCAGGUGUCUGAUAUCCGGAUGGGGGAAUCUUCGGCCCAGUGAUGAGGGCUCCAGAUACCCAUCGAAGCUGCAGUGCUUGGACGCUCCUCUCCUGAGCGACGACGCCUGCUUUAACUCGUAUCCUUUUCAAAUCACUGAGAACAUGAUCUGUGCUGGAUUUCUUGAGGGAGGAAAGGAUUCCUGUCAGGGGGACUCUGGGGGUCCUAUGAUGUGCGAUGGGGAGCUCCAGGGAGUCGUGUCCUGGGGACAUGGUUGCGCUCAGAAAAACAAGCCUGGGGUGUACACAAAAGUGUGUAAUUAUGUUUCCUGGAUCAAGACAACCAUGGCGUCUGGCUGAGCGGGGAGGGAUGGUGGAGAGUUAUCACAUGAGCUGAAAGACCUCAGUAAAGACAACAGUUUGAGUUCAAAUGUUUACAGAGUGGUUCUUCUUGUUCUUUUGGUUAUCGACCCCAAAAAGCUUUAAUUUGACGGAUCUGCAGCAAAAAUAUCUCAACAGGAAGCGCAAAACACCUGUUCUUAUUAUGAGGAAGCCAAGGCUGUAGGAAGUAGGGGUGCUGAGGGUAUUAAAAGACCCUGUGAUGACAUCCAUGUUUGGAUAAGACAACAGGCACAGCCAGUGUGCAYGUCACUGCAUUUAUUUCGUAUUAUGAUUUUAUGCAUGUGGAUGUUUAGUCAUACAAACCUCUGUUGUGUUUAAAGGUUUUUGUUAAAAUGUAUACAAGGAGGGCAGCAGAGUGGUAAAGUAACUAAGUACAAAUACUUCUUUACUGUACUUAAGUAGAAUUUUUGGG